AUGUCCUUGGAAGCCUUCAUUCGUCAAGCUGAUCGUCUGGUCACCUUCAAUGCCGAAGUAGUCGGUGGUAAUGUUCCCUUGACGUCUGCACAAUUCGUAAAUAUUCACAUUUCUGAAGUUAAGUCCUUAUGGGCAGGCAUCAAAUCAGCGUAUGACCAAUUUAUGUCCGAUCGAGCCAGCGAAGAACAGGACGAGGAGGAUGAUGAACAGGAAGAAGAAGCAGAAGCCGCUUCAGAGCUCGAGACAUUCCAAGCCAAAUAUAAUAGUGCCUAUAUCACUUAUUGCGAGUGCUUGGCUCGCCUUACACAGUUGUCUGAGGAUCUCCAAAGGCAAACAGUUCCUAAAGAGCCUUCUGUUUCACCUCCAAACCCUUCGCCUCAGAGUCCUAAUUCUAUAAUCCAUAAUGAUCAAGGUUCAAAUUAUUCUUUCAACCUGCCUCCAUGCGAUAUCGAAGUUUUCAACGGGGAUUAUAUGUCAUGGCCUACUUUCCGAGAUAUAUUCACAGCCGUGUACAUAAAAAAUUCUAGGCUCAGUCCAGUCGAGCGAUUGUUUCAUUUGACCCAGAAGACUAAAGGCGAAGCUAGGGAUAUUGUUCAACGUGCACCUUUGACAAAUCAAGGUUUUCAACUUGCUUGGAAAGGUUUGUGCGAUCGUUUCGAAAAUAAACGAAUUCUUGUUAAUGGUCAGUUAAAAGUUCUAUUCAAUCUUCCUGUCAUUAAUUCCGAGUCAGCGAGUGCUAUUAAGUCAUUGCAACGCGACAUAAAUUCUUGUAUUGCUGCGUUAUCUCUGUACGAUAUCGACGUCAGAAGUUGGGAUCCAAUAUUUGUUUUUCUUUGUUCGAAUCGUCUUCCUGACUCAACUCUGACGCUAUGGGAACAAG